AUGGAUUCCAGGGAGCCUGACCAUUGGCCGCGCAAAAGAAUCCGCCUAGAGUCUACCUUUCAAUCUCGAAUCAUAUCAUACAGCUCUUCUCAAGAUCGCACACUUGAUGAAGGUCGUGAUCAUGGCGUCUACACUCAAGUGCUGCCGAGGUUGAACCUUGAGGAAGCGGGAAACAUCAAUCCAUCCAUCUCGACAUACGAAACGCACCAUCACUUGACUGUGGACCACCAAUCCACCCAGUACACGAGAUUGGAUCAUCGAGGUACAAUAAGGCCUGAAGGCAACAUAAGCUCCUUGCCUUUGGCUUUGUCUGCUGCUGCUGGAACCGCGUCUGACAGCAAUGAUGGGCUCUCCAACAGAGACCCUACCGACCAGGUGUGCUUUGGCAUGCUUGAUAACAUUCCUGUUCACCAACUGAAAUCCAACUCUUUGGACACCGCUAGCUUUCCGGUCUAUCUGGAUACGGGUUCCGAGGCUUUACAACUCCAAAAGUCAUGUGGAACGGUUGUUGGCAGACUCAAUCCGCGUCACUCCAAAUUGAUUAGAGUUCUUUACGAUGGAGAGAGCAUUGAAUUGCAAGCACUCUUCGUUCCAUCGCCUUCCCGACAUGCUUGGACUAGGCUAUCAAAACCAACAGGCCGAAAGCCAGAACGGCUGCAAGCUAGAUUUCCAACCCUUUCUGUAAUCGUGUAUGGAUCCAUGGAUAUGUUUGAAUCGACUGGCAAUUUCCUGUCACGGUGUUCGGAAUAUCUGCAAUCUCCCUUGUGUUGCGAUCGUGACGUUCCAUAUUGUAACCCUCAAAGCCUCGUUGGGAGAAACAAGGAUCCACAGAUGACCUUCAAGCUCCAAGGGGAUUUACCGCUUUCCCAGGUGGAGACCAUGACACGAGGUGCUGAUCCAUCUGCCGUGCUAGAGACCGAGGACUCUAACCCAGAGACGGGGGCGCCAGCUGCGGUGAAGUCCUCUCUUUAUAGUCAUCAAAAGCGAGCAUUAUCAUUCAUGCUUAUGAGGGAACGGGGUAUGCGGCCGUUCAUCAAACAGCAGGAACAGUGGAGAGCUAUUUUUGACGAGAGUGAUAGCAUCACUAAGCAUUUGAACACAGCGACAGGAGAGGUCUGCGACAUCCGCCCGGUUGAAGUCCGAGGAGGAGUCUUAGCGGACUCAAUGGGACUAGGCAAAUCCUUGAGUAUAAUCAGCUUAUUGGCGACCGAUUGGCCGCAUCACAAUAUGGGCUCGCUAGAAUUAUCUCCUACACUUCUAGUCGUACCGCCGUCCCUGCUUCGAACAUGGGAAGAGGAGUUAAGGAGACAUCUUCAUCCAGGAACCCUUCGCCAUUGGCUAUAUCAUGGACGAAAACGCUCGGAAGAUAUGAGCUCGAUGCUUGCGCACGACAUAGUGAUUACAACCUACGAAGUGGUCGCUACCGAAUGGAAGAGCCUCGAGAAGGGACCGAGGCCCCUUUUUUCCAUUAAUUGGCGCCGGAUCGUCUUGGAUGAAGGCAAGCCACUGUGUCUCCAGACCAUAGAACAGGCUAACGCAAGCUAUCUAGCCCAUGAGAUCCGUGUAGGUACCACCUUGAGGGCGAAAGCCAUCUGCGCUCUUCGAGGACACAUACGCUGGGUUUCAACCGGGACCCCCAUACAAAAUCGAUGGGAAGACCUCGCCAGCUUACUCAAAUUCCUCAGGGUCUACCCAGAUCAAGACCUGAGAUCGCUCACGACAAUGUUGAGACGGAAUGCAGUCAAUUCGAACUUGAGAAGCAUUCUUGCGCCGUUAUGUCUUCGCCGAUCCAAACAGGCAAUAGACCUGCCAAGUCGAACGGACAGAACCCAUAAAGUAGACUUCGACGCCGAGGAGGCUACUCAUUAUAACAGCAUCAACAUUCGCGUUACGGGGUUUCUUGAACAACAAGCCGGGCAGACCAGCUUAGGGUCGUACUCUAAUAUCUUGACCAAAAUCAAUUCACUGAGACAGAUAUGCAAUCUCGGUACGUACUACCAAGGCGAUAUAGGAGCGCUCGAGACUCAGGUUACCGCGAUGCAAGAGGUUUUUGACGGGAUGAUAUCCACUGGGGCCGCCGUGUGCUGCAAAUGCGAUAGAGAUUUGUCAAAAGGGGACGAGAACAACGAAUCGCGAAUUGGUGGCACGGAUGGCAUCGAGUCCAAAACACGGAUAGCUACAUGCGGUGAAAUCAUCUGUGCUUCUUGCUUCGCCCUCUCCGAAAUAGUCAAGUGCCCCAGCGAUGGAAGAUGCCAACAUCAGAGCUCGUGUGAGCUUUUUACGGUGAGCUCAUCCGGCUCAUUCGGCCUUCCGGCAAUUCAAUCCAACUCCCGAUUACCGGUAAAAAUGAGGGCACUCCAAGAAGAUCUCUUGGCCUUACCAGAGACGGACAAGAGUAUCGUUUUCUCGUUUUGGACUACCACCUUGGAUCUUGCCGGACUGGCGUUGGACCAAGUCCACUUACCCUACACUCGUGUUGAUGGUACGAUGCUUGCCAAGCAAAGACAGCUGGCGCUUGAAAGCUUUGUCGAGGAACCUCGUAUCCGUACCAUUCUCAUUUCGCUGCGCUGUGGUUCGACCGGGCUGAAUCUGACGGCCGCAAACCAUGUCUUCCUCAUGGAACCACAAUGGAACCCCAUGGUCGAGGACCAGGCUUUCGAUCGCGUGCAUAGGAUUGGGCAGAAAAAGGAUGUCACGACUGUUCGCUAUAUUGUGAAAAAUACUCUAGAGGAGAGCAUUCGCCAUCAGCAGUCGAAGAAGAGAAAUCUAGCCGAGCAAGCAUUUGCUCUGGCCAAAGGUCACAAUGAUUGGAUCGAGCGCAUCCGGGCAAUGCUCUCUGCCGUGCCCUAA